AAAUGUCACUGUCACACACCACGUCAACAUUGACAUGAUAGCAUGGGUGUAUCUUUUGCUAUUAUUAUGAUUUCAUAAUUCAAUUCACGUAAUAAUUGUUAUAUCAUAGCCUAUCCUUUGAAUUAAACCUGCAACAGGGGCGUAGUGAAUCGUCCAACACAAUGGGAGACACCCGGAAAAAGAAAAAGUUCUACUUUCGCAAGCGUAGAAACAAAUAUUUCCUAGAACCCGGCUUCAGAGGUUUCUUCUGCACGUGCAAUUUCAGGGAGAAAGAUUGCGUGAAGGAAAUGUACAACUUGUUGAAUGAGUACGCGGGCAAAUUGUAUCCCGAGGAGGAGGUGAACAGCGCCAGGCCGGCGUCCGCCGAGCCGGAGGACCGGACCGACACCGAGUCCGACAAUGAGACUGAUAUUGGAGACAUGCUGAAGCAGGAGGUGGAAUCCAUGAGGAAGGGCUCGCAGAGUUCCCUCAGACACAAGCGUUUCCAGGUGGUGGAGACGGGAGCGUCUAACUGUAUUUUCAUAAAAACCAAUCUACCUAGUCCAGAAGAAUUGACUAACGCUAUCAUAAAAGAUCUGUCUACUACGAAAGUACAGAAAACACGACAUGUUUUACGUUUACUCCCUAUCAUGGCUACAUGCAAAGCGAACUUACCCGACAUAAUGGAAUGUGCUGGCAAACUGUUUGACAAAUACUUCUUAAAAAAGCCAUCAACAUUUGCUGUGAUCUUCAACAAAAGGUUUAAUAGCAGUGCAUCUCGAGAACUAAUUAUAAAAGAGCUUGCGGAAAUGAUUGUCCUCAAGAAUGGUGAAAACAAAGCAGAUUUAAAAAAUCCAGGGCUCUGUAUAAUAGUUGAGAUAAUAAAAGGCAUAUGUCUUCUAAGUGUUGUAGACAAUUACUAUUCAUAUAAGAAGUAUAAUCUUCAUGAAAUAUGUAAAGAGGAUACGCCCAUUGAUACGGAGGAGACUCAAGCGAAAAAGUUUAAGGCUGAUAUUAUACCACCAGCAGCUGAAGAGUGUAGUAAAGUUGAGUGAACUGAAUGUUUUAUUCUUUACAAUGUAUUCCAAUUUCUAGGUUAAGGCAACCUGGGGCCCCAAUACCAAUUCUUGCACCAAAUUUAUCUCUAUUUCUUACUAUCUUUUUAAAUAAAUGAAUGUUUUCUAUAUGUGUAACUUAAA